AGAAUGUCUGGUACUGUUUGGUUCCCUGUCGUUCAGCCGGACUUUUGUCUUUGGGCUCGUAGAAACAAUAAUAUAUCACAGUGGUUCAAAAGGCAUAGGUGCUGGUGUAGUGGCUUAAAGCUAAGUGAAGGUUCAGACUCACAUCUUCUCUCUUGAAACAAUAAGACAAAGAACUUUGAGCAGCUGAUGGCCAGAAAUGAGAAGACCGCUUCACUGCAAAAGCAGCUGCACAUGAAAGACACAGAGCAGACCUACUUUGAUGAUAAAGAGUGGAGUGAGGAUCAAAUCCAUCUUCUCCAGCCCCAGACAGAAGAAGUCAACAAGUAUGCAGUCAUCGUGACCAGGUGUCGGUACCUUGAGAGCGUAGUUAGAGAUCUGCAGGACCGCAUUUUACAUGAACAGGAGACCACCAAAAGGCUCCACAGUCUCCUGGCAGAUGCCUUGGAGAAGAACAGGCAGUGGCUGGCAUACAACCAGGAGAGAGAGGCCUAUGUUAGGGCAGUCCUGGCCAGAAUGUUAUGGCUGGAGCAGCAUCUGAACCAAGCCAAUCAAGCCCUCUCACAGCAGCACAAUGAUGACCAUUCAGAUGAGCGGGAGAAAAUACUCCAGAUGCAGGAGCAUUAUGACAAACUCUUGCUUAAAGCCAAGAAUGAGCUGGAGUCAUUCCGGGAGCAGGUCAGCACAGCCCACUGUGACCUGAGUGAGAUGCAAUGGAGGUUUGACAAAAAGGAGAGAGAAGUGGAUGAUCUCAAGCUGCAGCUGCGGACAAUGAAGCUGAGCAGCAGCAAAAGUGCACAGGAAGAGAGGCAUCACUCUGGAGCUAAAGAAAACAUGUGGAGGGCUAAAGUUGAGGACCUCGAGAACAGUCUAGAUAAAGAGAGGCGCAGGUCGUCUGAGCUUGCAAAGCAGGCAAGUCUCCUUCAAAAGUCUUUGAUGAAUCAUCACAAGGACCAGAAAAAGAUCGCUGUCUUGGAGAAUCAGAUCCAGAUAACUUCUCGUGACCUUGAAGAUGAGAGACUUAAUUGUUUGUAUUUGCAAAAGCAUUUAUACAAAGUGAUCAAGAAGCUGCGCGAAUCUAGAGACCAAGUGGCAAGUUUGUCAGAGAGAGACCAGCAGCAGCAGGAUCCCAGGUUGCAUGCGGUUAGUUUGGACAGCACACCCCCUCCCUUCAAGCCUUCCAGAGACAGCGGGACAUCCUCCCAUUGCAAAAGCUUGUUGGAUGAAAGCUUCCUGGAGUGUCCCUGCUGCAGGGCGCAGUAUCCCAGCAGCAGAUACAGAGAGCUGCUGGCCCACCUAGAGGAGUGUGGAGAAUGAGGAGAGUCCAGGCAGUUCAAUUCUACAACUUUUCUGUUAAAUGGAUUAGCUUUUACUGAUACUGAUAUUACCGGUUAGUUUCUAUGUUCUUUAUUUUGUCAUUAAUAUAAGAACCAACAUGUUCAAAACAUUUCUCGUUCAUCUCAGAGGUAUGUUCAUAAGCACUGCAGUGUAACUGGGGUUGUGUUACAUUUAAAAUAAAAUGUUGA